UCGCCCGACAAGCCGGUGCCUUCAUCGAAAAACACACCAGUGCCGCUUCGCGAUAUAAAACAGCUUCGGUUUAUUUUAAAAUCAAGCUUUUCAUUCGGAAUAAUUUUCGCGUUUCGUUUUUGUGUAAUUCGUGCUGGGGAUAAUCCAGCGUCGCAUGCCUGUGAGGCGAGCGUAGAGAUCGUGCAAGUAAAGCGUGCCCGCCGGCUGCCACCCAGAUGAUCGGGUCCUUCUGGAACUUGUGCAGAGCUUGCCCUUCCAUGCCUGUGGAUAAGCUGCACUCGGAGUACCGCAGCACAUACAGAUGGCACGAGUUCAAGGAGCAGCAGAACCAGGGCGUGGUGAAACAGCCGGCGCCGAUGCCUCCCACCGCACUGCCCAUCACCAGAGGAGCCAUAGAGCCCGCAAUGCCUCGUCGUAAGAAGUAUCCUGGAGUAGCGUACAAGACCAACGAGCUCUUCGACCCAGCCCCGGCUGAUGAGAUACGUCCUCAGCAGACGUCGACCUUCGAUCGCGCUCGGAGCCAACAAAGGAAUGAUUCAGAUCGCGCGGGACGUCGCAGCAAGUCUGAAGGUCCUCGCCAGCCACGAUGGACUGACACUGUUGAACCUAAGGCAACCACUGCUCUGGGCGAAGUCUUAGCUGCUAAGGAACCUGACCCAGUAAGCACAGAGUACCGGAACCAGUUCGCAUGGCCAAAAGACGGCGUAGAUUCUGCUCCACGUAAGAGCAUAUCUAUGGGAGCGCUGAAGAAGGCAGCGGCUGCUGAAGGUUCGUUGGAAGCUGAACCUCUGAUGAACCACGCUGAUGACCACGACGAAGGUCAGAAACGGUACAUCGAAGACUAUCUGUGGAACGGUCAGAAGCCAGGUGUACAAAGGGGAAAAGGGAAGUCGAAUGAUGUCGAGGCGAGCGAGAGGUUGGUGGGUGAUAGAGGGGUAGAGGGGGGGACUGGCUCCAGAGCACAUCACACAGCUUUACAAUAA